AUUUUACGAGGGCUAGCAAUUGAAAACUAGCACAUCGUUCAGUCAGCUGACCUGUCUUGUGAUAGCAGUCAGGCUCGACUGUGAAACUUAAUUCGCUGUUGUAGGGUGGACUUGCUUCUAUACGUUGUACAUCUCCUAUCGUGUGGUUUUAAUUGAAUAACCAUUCACAAUGACGAACCAUGGGAUGCCAAGAAUUGCUGAUGAAGAAAAGGAAUCCAUAUUUGGCUAUGUGUACGCCGUAUCUGGUCCUGUUGUCACUGCUCAGAAAAUGUCUGGCUCAGCUAUGUACGAGCUGGUUAGAGUAGGAUAUUACGAACUGGUGGGAGAAAUUAUUCGUCUGGAAGGUGAUAUGGCCACCAUUCAGGUAUAUGAAGAAACUAAUGGUGUAACUGUAGGUGAUCCUGUGCUACGUACUGGUAAACCAUUAUCCGUAGAAUUAGGACCUGGCAUUCUUGGGAGUAUUUUUGAUGGUAUUCAACGGCCUUUAAAGGACAUUAACGAACUUACCAGCUCCAUUUACAUUCCAAAGGGUAUCAAUGUGCCAGCAUUAUCAAGAUCCAUAUCUUGGGAAUUUAAUCCAACGAAUAUAAAGAAUGGCAGUCACAUCACCGGUGGAGAUCUAUUCGGUGUAGUUUAUGAGAACACAUUAGUGAAGCAUAGAAUGAUUUUACCUCCAAAAAGCAAGGGAACUGUGACUUAUGUAGCCCCUGCUGGAGACUAUAAAGUUACAGAUAUUGUACUGGAAACAGAGUUCGAUGGCGAAACGCACAAGUAUAGUAUGCUUCAGAUAUGGCCAGUACGUCAGCCUCGUCCAGUUACUGAAAAAUUGCCGGCUAAUCAUCCUUUGCUCACUGGCCAAAGAGUCUUAGACUCGCUCUUCCCAUGCGUUCAAGGUGGAACAACUGCAAUCCCAGGUGCCUUUGGUUGCGGCAAAACUGUAAUUUCACAGGCUUUGUCCAAGUAUUCGAAUUCCGAUGUCAUUAUUUACGUCGGUUGCGGCGAACGUGGAAACGAAAUGUCCGAAGUAUUGCGUGACUUCCCCGAACUGACGGUGGAAAUUGACGGUGUUACGGAGUCCAUCAUGAAGCGUACUGCUUUGGUCGCUAAUACAUCAAACAUGCCUGUAGCUGCUCGUGAGGCAUCAAUCUACACUGGUAUCACUCUGUCGGAAUAUUUUAGAGAUAUGGGCUACAAUGUUUCGAUGAUGGCAGAUUCGACGUCACGUUGGGCCGAGGCUCUUCGUGAAAUCUCUGGCCGAUUGGCUGAAAUGCCUGCAGAUUCCGGUUAUCCCGCUUAUCUUGGUGCUCGUUUAGCUAGCUUCUACGAACGUGCAGGAAGAGUGAGAUGUUUAGGUAAUCCUGACCGCGAAGGUUCCGUCAGUAUUGUAGGUGCUGUAUCACCACCGGGUGGUGAUUUCUCUGAUCCUGUUACGAGUGCUACUCUUGGUAUCGUGCAGGUGUUCUGGGGUCUUGAUAAGAAACUUGCACAGCGCAAACACUUCCCAUCUAUUAACUGGCUUAUAUCGUACAGUAAAUAUCUGCGAGCUUUAGACGACUUCUAUGACAAGAACUUCCAAGAAUUCGUCCCUCUAAGAACGAAGGUAAAAGAGAUUCUGCAAGAAGAGGAGGACUUGUCCGAGAUUGUACAAUUAGUUGGUAAAGCUUCUCUAGCCGAGACGGAUAAGAUUACUUUGGAGGUCGCAAAACUUUUGAAAGACGACUUCCUACAACAGAACAGUUAUUCGUCGUACGAUCGUUUCUGUCCAUUCUACAAAACUGUAGGAAUGUUACGAAACAUGAUUGCUUUCUAUGAUAUGGCGAGACAUGCGGUGGAGUCCACAGCACAAUCUGACAAUAAAAUAACGUGGAACGUUAUUAGAGAUAGUAUGGGUAACAUUCUGUACCAAUUGAGUUCCAUGAAAUUCAAGGACCCGGUGAAAGACGGCGAAGCAAAAAUCAGAGCUGACUUCGAUCAAUUGCACGAAGAUAUCCAACAGGCAUUUAGAAAUCUAGAAGAUUAAUUAUCAAAUGCAAUCGUACGAAUAUAAUUCCUCCGCGUAAACGUUCAGGAAUCUUAUGCUGGUCGUUUAAGGAUGUCCUGGAUCUGUUGGAGAGAAGUAUAUAAUUAAUAGGCAUUCAUAAUCACGUAUCGCACGUAAAGCUGUUACAUUAACUUCAAUACUUGAAAAAACAAAAACAAAAACAAAACGAAAAAAAAAACAUAAUUGUACAUAAAGAGUUACAAAUAUAAAAUUUACUAUAAUUGUACAUGUAUUAACUAACAUUUAA